UAUCCCCCCCCCCGAAAAAGCAGCCCGGAGACCCCCCCCCCCCCAUUUGUUGAGGUCUGGGGCCCAUGCGGCGCUGAGCCCCGGCCGGCGGAGCCAUGCUGCUGGCCUCGGCCGUGGUGGUCUGGGAAUGGCUCAACGAGCACGGCCGCUGGAGACCCUACAGCCCGGCCGUCAGCCACCACAUCGAGGCGGUGAUCCGGGCCGGGCCGCGGGCGGGCAGCGUGGUGCUGGGCCAGGCGGACCGGCGGCUGGCGCCCUACCUGCUGGACCUGCACUCGAUGCACCAGUUCCGCCAGGAUACCGGCACCAUCCGCCCGGUGCGGCGCAGUUACUAUGACCCCUCGUCGGCGCCGGGCAAGGGCGUGGUGUGGGAGUGGGAGAAUGACAGCGGCUCAUGGACACCCUACGACAUGGAGGUGGGCAUCACCAUCCAGCACGCCUACGAGAAGCAGCACCCCUGGAUCGACCUCACCUCCAUCGGCUUCUGCUACGUCAUUGACUUCAGCACCAUGGGCCAGAUCAACCGGCAGACCCAACGCAAGCGCCGCAUCCGCCGCCGCCUCGACCUGGUCUACCCGCUGGUCACCGGCACCCUGCCCAAGUCCCAGUCAUGGCCGGCCAGCCCCGGCGUUUCCAGCUCACCCCCCACCCCACCCUGCACCUGCCCCCAGUGCCUUCUGGUCAUGAGUGUCAAGGCGGCGGUCGCGGCUGGGGCCAAUGGCGGGACUGGCACCGCAGUCCCCCAGCAGCAGCAGCGUAAAGCCACCGCUCUAUCGGGCGGCCCCAAGCCUCCCGUUCCAGCGCCUGGGCUCAAGCCCCCGGAUGGCACGGCCACCACGCGUGGCCCACUGAAGACCCUGGCAUCCCAGGUGGGCCGGAGGCAAGCAGCCAGCACGCCGGCCCUGAGCUCGGCCAGCUCUGCCACAAGUCCACCUGCCGCCAAUGGGAAGGUCUCGCGUGCCAGCCUCAACACCCUCAACCGCACCCACCUGCAGCGCCUGGCCAUCGCCCAGUCCCGUGUGCUGAUAGCCUCCGGGGUCCCCACCGUCCCAGUGAAGAACCUCAACGGCUCGAGCCCUGUUAACCCCGCGCUGGCAGGGAUCACAGGGAUCCUCAUGAGCGCGGCGGGGCUGCCCGUGUGCCUCACCCGCCCCCCCAAGCUGGUGCUGCACCCCCCACCCGUCAGCAAGAGCGAGAUCAAAUCCAUCCCGGGCGUGGCCAACACCUGCCGCAAGACCACCAAAAAGCAGGCCAAGAAAGGUAAAACCCCGGAGGAGGUGCUGAAGAAAUACCUGCAGAAGGUGCGUCAUCCUCCGGACGAGGACUGCACCAUCUGCAUGGAGCGCCUCUCCACCCCGUCUGGCUACAAGGGGCCCCAGCCAGUUGUCAAGCCCGACCUAGUGGGGAAGCUGUCCAAGUGUGGCCAUAUCUACCACCUCCACUGCCUGGUCGCCAUGUACAACAACGGCAACAAGGAUGGGAGCUUGCAGUGUCCAACCUGCAAAACCAUAUAUGGGGUGAAGACUGGGACUCAGCCCCCUGGGAAGAUGGAAUAUCACCUCAUCCCUCACUCGCUGCCUGGGCACCCUGACUGUAAAACCAUUCGGAUCAUCUACAACAUCCCUCCGGGGGUCCAGGGACCAGAGCACCCGAACCCCGGGAAAAGCUUCACAGCCCGCGGAUUCCCCCGACACUGUUACCUCCCGGACAGCGAGAAGGGCCGAAAGUUGCUGAAGCUGCUGCUGGUGGCCUGGGACCGCCGCCUGAUCUUCGCCAUCGGUACCUCCAGCACCACAGGCGAGUCGGACACGGUGAUCUGGAACGAGAUCCACCACAAGACCGAGUUUGGCUCUAAUCUCACGGGCCACGGCUACCCCGACGCCAACUACCUGGACAAUGUGCUGGCCGAGCUGGCGGUGCAGGGCAUCACGGAGGAGAGCACGGCCCAGGAGAAGGACUGAGAACAGGGGGAGGGGAGGAGAUGGCAUUCCUUUGUGGUGGGAGCAGCACCCCACACUCAUCUCCUCCUCCCUGCCCCGGUGCCUGCAUCCUCCUCCUCCCGCUGCUGUGACGCUCAGAGGGCACCAGUCGCACCAUUGAGAUGUGUGGCUUGGGGUUGGAGCAGAGGAGGAGGCCCACGGUGCCUCGUCAAUGGGCAUAUCUGUGGGGCCGGUCUCCCAACAUGGGCGCUGCCCCUCACCCAAGGUUACGUUAAUCUUGUUGCACUUGGCUGGGAAGGGAGGGGGGAUUGAACCGCUAAACCCUGUGAAAAUGAACUGCCUCUUAGGGCACUACCCAGCAGGAAGUGCUCCCGUCCCAUAAGGCAGCUCCGGCACCACGUGGGCGCCGCUGCAAAGGCCUGUGGGAAUGCCAAGGAUUCAAACCAGUCGUCGUCUUGCCCGGUUAGGAGACUGGUUGUGUGUUGUCAUGUCACUGCUGCUUUCAUGUUGUGGGCUCAGUGUGAGUUGGAAAUGUGCUGUUUGCAGGUCUGGUACCCCCCCUCCCAACCCACCUCACCCUCCCAGGCCUGCCUCCCCGAUCCCAUCCCACAUCGGGUCAGAGCCAGGCCUGCUGCCUGCUCGGAUGUGAGCCUUGGGGGAAAUGAGGUGGAAAUCCCGUCUCCUUGAUAUGUUCCAAACUGGGUCAGGGCCGGAACUAGCUGGGUACGAGUCUCCUGGCACCAGUCCUUAGUGGGCUGGAGCAGAACGAGUUCGGCCACUAUGUGAACGGUACUAGAGCAGGGGACGGGAAUCCGUGAUGGACGGAUCAGAACCAGGCCCGGUCUUCUCCGGGUCCCUCUUCCCCUCCCACUCUCCCUAAUCCAUUCUCACCUGGGUCAGAACUAGUCCAGCUGGCUCAGCCUUGUCCAGUGGGGUGUGGGGGAGAGAAAUCCUCCAGUACUGGCUCAGAACCACGUCUGGUUCUCCCUGUCUCAGUGAGUGUCAUUUACUGCAGCCCCGUCCAGAACUGUGUGAGCUGAUCUCCUUGUACCUGUGAAGGAACCGUGCCCCAGGGAUGGCUCUGUCUGGUCAGACCUGGUGGGGGUGAGUUGUUAUGAGGGGAGGUCCAAUUCUCCCCCCCUCUCCCCCCAUAAGUUGGGUUCUUUGAACUGUUUGUAUGGGGGAGUCCCCCGGAUACUGAUCUGAAUUUAUAUACCUCAUGUUUUGGGGGUUUGUCGUAUAUAUGUACAUAUAUCUAUCAUGUCACGCUUGAAGAUGACGUUGGCGCUAGGACGCUUAAAGGAAACGGUACUUAAGUUAGACCUGGAGGCCAAGUCCGCUGGCACUGGCCGUUCACCACGGCAUGGGGGCGAGGCAAGCUGGGCGGCCAUCUUGAAACAGAGGCGCCCAGUCAGGCUUGGCCACAUUUCAAAAUGGCCACUGCACGCCCCUCAGGAAAGUGGGGAAAGGGCACAAAUACACACGCUCCCAUUAGUGUGACUCUGUGCUGUGUGUGUGUGUGGGGGGGGGGCAGUUCUGAGUCCUCCCAUGCCAAGAUCCAGUCUCCUCUGGCUGGCAGCAAUGGGAGGCCUUGGAGAAACACCUGGCCAGGGGUUAGCCCCCAUGUUGGGGAAACAGGAGCCCAGUAAAAUCUAUAGAGCAUCUAGGGUGACCAGAUGUCCCAAUUUUAUUGGGACAGUCCCGAUUUUGGGGUAUUUUUCUUAUAUAGGCGCCUAUUACCCCCCACCCCUGUCCCGAUUUUUCACAUUUGCUGUCUGGUCACCCUGAGAGUAUCCAUAACCCUGCUCAGCCUCUGUGGUGCUGCCACCUAGUGGCCUCUUUGCAGCUAGUGAGUGAGGUGGGUCCCAUGGGCUAUGCCCCAGGUCUCAUCCCUGUUGUGAGCUGGGGAAGGGGUGGGUGAGGUGGUUCCCUGCUGGGAUCCUGACCCUCUCCUGUCUAGUUGCUUAGGUCUUUGGCUCCUUGGGCUUUCCUGGCUUGAGGAUUUUCCCCUUGCAGCCCUUGUGAAGUCCCUGUGGAGCAGAUGCAGAGGAAAUGGGGCCAGGUGAUGUGGCUGAGUGGGGGCAGGUGAGGCAGGAAUGGGGAGGGAUAGGAGUUGCGAUUGGCUGCAG